AUGAUUGCUUGGACUAGUGCAAGUCGACAGCAUUUCCGCACAGAUUUUGAUAUUUCCAUUCCCUUAUUUCACAAAGAACACCCUUUAAUAAGUAACGAAGAAAUUUGGUUAAAUUCAACUGAAUCUCACAAUCAUGAUAAAUACUUGGCUAGUUUUAAAGGAAAGAGAUAUGUUUAUGGAAUUGGUUCAGAAACCAGAAACAUUUUACAUUAUCUUCACAACGAUAAUUCUGUAAUUAUUGCAUCGACGUGUCGUCAUAAUUCUGAUUGGAAAAAGUUUGAGGAUGAAAGGUGUGAAGAGGAUAAUGCACAAUAUGACAGAUGGGAUUACAAUCAAUUAAUGGAAAAUUCUACUUUUUGUUUAAUUCCAAGAGGGAGACGUUUAGGUUCUUUUCGCUUUCUUGAAUCUCUCAAACAUUCGUGUAUUCCUGUCAUUUUUUCUGAUGAUUGGGUUUUACCUUUUGAAGAUUUUAUUGAUUGGAGUCAACUUUCAAUCUCAGGGAAUGAAAAAAAUAUUUUAUUUAUUUAUGAUUAUUUGUCUAAUAUUCCAAAGGAACGUAUACUCAAAAUGCGCCACUCUACUCAACUAAUUUAUCAAAAAUAUUUUGCUAGUGUUGAAAGAAUUGUUUUAACUUCUAUCGAGCAAGUAUUUGAACGUAUAAGACGACAUGUAGGUUUGCCUUCACAACAAAAUUGGUUAUGCUAUUGA